AUGUUAAAUCAGGCAAAUAUAAAAUUUAUAAAACUGGAAAAUACGAAUUUUUGGAUAUUUAGAAGUAUUUCUAAAUAAAUAUAUCAAUUAUAAAAAAAAUUCCAAAAAUAGCGGUAAUUUUCCAAGUCGAUCACAGGGAUGUAAUAUAAUAUCUGAUAAUUAUUCAGAAUUUUUCUCAAUGAAUACGAUUUUCUUACAAAUUUUAUACUAGGAAAUAAAAAGGAAAUAUAUUUAAAAUUCACGAAAAAAAAGGAAAUAAGGGUGCAGGUGUCAGGAUGACGUCAGCGCCAGGCGAACGUGAAUCAAGCAGAAACAGAGUUCCGCCCGGUGAUUCUUACGUAAGCGAUUACAAACGACUUAAUUAAUGAAAUUAAGAUCUGUAAAAGCUGGAAGAAUCGUAAUUUAACGAAGUAUAGUUUGGUAAAUUAAAAUCACACAAAGUAUCACUAAAUAAAGCGUAAAUUAAAUUGAAACCAGGAAAACAGAGUUCCGACGUCGCGACGGCGAUGCGUUGGCGAUGCACCGGAAUCCUAAGCGUUUGGGAGGAUCGUCGUGUAGUUUCCACGGCCUCGAAGGCUCUCCUUGGACAAAGACGACGUGGGCAAUCUCUAGAUCUUCUCGCGAAGCCUAGAGAUCAAUGAAGUGGGUCGUCGAAUCGUCUCCGACGGCUGUCACCUGGCGGAGCGGAAAAAUGGCGACUUUGUGGCUCUCCGGCGGCUGUCACCCGACAGAGAGGCGCUGAAUGGAGGUGGGGCGCGUGUCAGGGAGCUUCAUCCUCAGGUCCGCACAACAAGAGGAGGCUCUUCAUUGCAUCUGGUACGCUCUCAAGAGGUGGCGACUGGUCUCCCGGCGGAUCGUCCUCUUCCCGACGACGCCUUGUUCGUCGAUCAAUCGGAGAUGAUUUACUCGAUGGAUUUGCGAUCCUUUUAUCGCGAAUCGUUCAACAAUUUUAGUAGCAAUGCUCCGUGAAUCGCGUUGACAAGAUUUUCGCCGAUGAUCCAGCGAUUCUCGUUGCUUAAUCCUUCACCGGCGAUCUGCAGGAAAGUUGCGAUAAUCAGAUAAAAAUAUAUGAAUUUUGACUCUGGGAGGAUUCGAACCCACGCCGGUCGCCCCCACCUCUUCUGAGGAAGGUGUGGGUUUAG